UUAAUGUUGUUGGGAUUUUGGUGAAAUUUGAACCUUUUUGACCAUGUGAAUUGUAGUCAGUGUUUAUUUAGGGUGUUUAUUGAUGUCAAUUAUGUCUGUCAAAUUGUCAAUACACCAUUGGCUUUGGUAGAUUUAUAUGGGGUUUUGCAUAUGUGCUGAUUUGAUUGGCGAUUCGGACGAUUGCUUAUGAUAUAGUCGACCCACCCUACUGAUAUAGUCAAUUAUGUCUGUCAAAUUGUCAAUACACCCUAAUGCUUGUAAAGAUUUUAAUCUUGUCAAUUAUUAGAGAGCUAAGCUUGUCAUGUUGUCAAAUUUUUUUUUACAUAUUUGAUUAUCGAUUGUGAUUCACCAGUCGGAAACUCCUGGGUCCUCCACUGGUAAUUGUGCGGAACUUAUGUCUUAACUCUUUCCCGCAAGGUCUAUUAGACUUGACGUAGGUUAAUUUGAAAUGAAAUUCCUGCUAACUUUUCCAAAAAAAAAAGUACGAAUCCGACACGAUCCAGUGCAAUCUUUAGCGUUAUUGGUGGGGUCACAUGUUCUUUCAACUUCUCUAUGAGAUUUACAACAUCGCCGAUUGUGUCGCUGUCGAUUUUGUCACCCAAUCUUCUCUAUAUAAACUCCAACAAUUACUCUACUCUACUAGGUUUCUUCAUUUUCUUCUUCCUUUCUUUCUCCUUCACUCUGUAAUUCUGAAUAAUCUCAAGCGUUGCUCAUUCAAUUUGAUUGGUUCCCUUCAUUUGUCUGCUGCUGGCCUGCUGCCCUUCUAUCGACCAUAAAUUGGUUGUGAUUUCGUUUUCAGAGCAGUAGGAUGGCAUUUUAACUUUGAGUUGUAAUUAAUUUUCAACACAUCCUGUAACUUCAAAAUUUGUCAUUGACUAAUACUCUGCCAUUUCCAUGUAUCUAUAUCUGUAAAACAAGCAGAAGCAAUUCCUUAUGUAUGCAUUUUUUGUAAAUGAUCAAGCUUUAUGAUUUUACUUUUAACAUUCAAGCUCAUCUUUUGAUAUUAUUGAUGUGCAUCGUAGCAUUAUCAUAAUUAAGACUUCAUUUUAUAAUGUACAUCUAGACUCUUCUUUUGGAUUUCGUGAAAACUUUGCAGAUGCCAUUUGGCCAUAUUCAGCAAAGAAGAGAAAGCAUUUGAAAAUACACUUGCUCUUUGCUUGCAUAUUUUCAUUUGGGGGAAUUUUGCUACAUCAUCUACAUGGAUAACUUGGAACAAUUGGAAGCCUUGUGCGAGAUGCUUUACAACUCACUAGACUCUGCUGAGCGAGCGUAUGCUGAGAACACCUUGAAAUGCUUCUCCCAGGAUACCAGUUGCAUCCCACAGUUGGAAUACAUACUUGAGAAUGCAAGAAAUCCAUAUGCAGUUUUAUUUGCUAGCUCAAGCUUGCUGAAGCACGUCACUCAAAAUAUGCUUCCUUUGCAGCUACAGCUUCAAAUUCGCAACCAUGUUGUAAACUAUCUGGCUUCUAGAAGUGCCAACUUGGAGCAUUUUGUAGCGACUUCGUUGAUUCAACUUGUUUGUCGAGUUUCAAAACUUGGUUGGUUUGUUGAUGAUAAAUUCCAGGAGCUCAUUAGUGAUUCUCUGAACUUUUUGAAUCAGCAAGAAGCCGCUCAUUAUGCUAUGGGUUUGAAGGUAUUGAAUCAGCUUGUGAGUGAGAUGAAUCGGCCAACUCCAGGGUUACCUUUGCUGCUACAUCGGAGGGUGGUAAGCAAGUUCAAAGAUAAGGCGCUUCGGCAAAUUUACGGAAUCUCCCUUACAUCAUUGCAUGGACUUAAAAGUGAUGCUCAACAGAAAUUGCAGGAGCUGGCUCUUUCACUUUCUCUACAAUGUCUAUCUUUUGAUUUUAUGGGAUCAUCAAUUGAUGAAAGCUCAGAUGAAAGUUUUAUAAUUGAGGCUCCGGUUUCCUGGAGAUCAGUCCUUGAGGAACCCUCAACAGUACAAAUAUAUUUUGACUAUUAUGCAGUCACCAGUCCUCCUCUUUCAAAAUUAGCUUUGGAGUGUUUGGGGCGAUUGACUUUAGUUAAAAGAUCCUUGUUUACGAGCGGUACCACACGUAAGCUGUUUUUGACUUCAUUGAUGAUGGGCUCAAAGGAUAUUAUUGAAACAGGGAAAGGUCUUAAUCAUCAUGAUAAUUACCAUGAGCUUUGCCGUUUCCUUGGGCGUUUUAAAGUGAAUUUUCAGUUAUCAGAGGUCGUGAGCGUGGAGUUCUACAACUCAUGGAUAGGCCUAAUAUCAGAUUUCACAUUGAAGUCUCUGCAGUCUUGGAAGUGGACAAGCAGCAGUAUUUAUUAUCUUCUAGAGCUGUGGUCCAAAAUGGUGACAUCUUUACCAUAUUUGAAGGACAAGUCUACAAACUACCGCUUAGAUGAGUUUGUGCCCAAGAUUUUGGAAGGAUUUGUAUCUUCACGUUUUGAUUCAGUACAGGCUGGGUUCUCAGACGAUCUUUUAGAAGAUCCUCUUGAUAAGGUUGAGCUAAUGCAGGAUCAGCUCAAAUUCUUUCCAUAUCUUUUCAGAUUUCAGUGUGAGAGCUGCAUUACCUAUUUGAUAAAUGCUAUGGACCCUCUCUUACAAGAAUAUAUGGAUGGCACGAAACUACAGGAGUAUGUGACUAGUAGCACUGUUGUAUUAACGGAGACCAAGCUUGCAUGGAUGGUGCAUAUAGUGGGUGCCAUACUGAGUGUAAAGCAAUAUACCGGUUGUACUUCAAAUGAAGUGAUUGAUGCAGACCUUUCAGCACGUGUUUUGCAGUUGAUAAAUUUCAUGGACACUGGAUCAUAUGUCCAGAGAUAUGGUGAACUCAGCAGGCAGAGGCUUGAACUUGCAGUCCUUAGUUUCUUUGAAAACUUUAGGAAGAGUUACGUAGGAGGCCAAUCAUUGCAUGCUGCGAAGGCAAGUGCAUGCUGUUGAUUAAAUUCAUAAUCUUAUCAUCAUAUAAUGAUACUAAGGUUAAUUUCAGUGUUCUUGACUCUUUUUCUUUUUUUCUUGCAGCAGCUG